AGAAGAAUAUCUGCCCGGAAGUAGACAACACACCAAACUGAGCAGCCAUGAAGAUGACAGAGGAAAACAGUCCUGGAAACACCGAAAUAACAAUGGAUGAUGUUAAAAACCUCAUAAAAAAGAAAGAUGAAAUUGAAGAGCAGAUAAAAGCGUAUUACGACGUCUUAGAAGACCAAGGUGUCGGAGUUGAAGGUCCGCUGGUUGACGCAGAGGGCUUCCCCCGAGCAGAUGUUAAUUUAUACCAGAUCAGGACCGCAAGGCACAACAUUUCAUGCCUGCAGAAUGAUCACAAGGCCAUCAUGGCGGAGAUAGAAGAAGCUCUGCACAAGCUGCAUGCUCGAGAGAAAGCCAAGCGGGAACGGGACGAGGCAGAGGCCCAGGUGGAGGCAAUGGAGCAGCAGGUCACCCUGCCGCCUCCAUUUGCACGGGUGGAUGCUGUGACACAGGGCUCACCUGCCAGCGGAGCUGGCCUCAGAGUUGGUGAUGAAGUCACAGAGUUUGGUUCUGUGAACCCGGAGAACUUUCAGAACCUCCAGAACAUUGCUGCUGUGGUGCAACACAGUGAAGGGAAACCAUUACGUGUCACAGUCAUCCGUGAUGGCCAGAGUGUUCAGAUGAGCCUUACUCCACAGCGAUGGUCAGGCAGAGGUCUGCUGGGAUGCAACAUUGUUCCAAUCCAUCGGUGAUCAUCAUGACAUUGUGCAGAAUGACACUUUCUUUCACUAGUGUUACCUCUGGAUGCUGCAGAAAUUUCCAUCUGUUCAAUUUUUCAGUAUCUUGGAAAUAUUUCUAUUAACCCGAGUGAUUGUUGAAGUAGCAAUGACUGGAGACUUUGGAAAGUAAUUGAUUAGCUCUGCUACUAUGUAUCAGCAAAGGCUUAUUUUCAACUCUUAGGAAAGAUAUCAUCCGAUGUUACUCAACAGUAAAGCGAGAGAAUCUUGGUAAGAUGAUGAAUUGUUACCAAAGUGUUUCAGAUGUAAUUAAAGAUUUUAUUUUUGAACUUGAAAA